ACCACUACCUGGUUAUAUUAGAUCAUAUUAUCUUGUUGUAUACCAUACAACAUUCCAAAUUACGUUAAACUUAAGCGGUCGUGUAAAUUCAUAAACGAAUAUCGUUCAUCUUAAAUGAGAUUAGUAUCUCACAUUUGAUUGCACCAAAUGCUGUAAACUCAGUUCUAUAUUAAACAAAUUCAGCAAUUUUCUUUGUAGUGAUACUGAUUUGAAGAAAUGUCUUAAGUUAUAAUAAUAAUUAUGCCUCAAGCGAACAGCAAAUCAUUGAUGCAGCAGAUACACAGCGCGAGUGUCGCAGAAUAUAUCUACGCAGAUAUAUUGAUUUCGUCUUGAAACCUUAAACAAAAUUGGACUUCCUAUAUGGGAUUUUAUGUUAUAUUAUCACUUUUGCACGAUCUUUCUAUAGUUAUUUAAGAUGUCUUUAAUGAGAUUUGUAAAUAGAAACAAAUAAAUUUUCUUCAAUUAGAUUGAACAAUUAUUUAUGUAAAAUGACUAAAUCAAAGUAUCCAAGUGUCUAUUUUUCCAUGCUUUUGUUAAAAUAUUAUCGGUAUGUCGUGAAAAUAGUCAAUACCAAUUGUGACCAAUAUGAUGUCCAAAUAACAGAUAAGGUGUUUUUGGCAUCUGAUUUUUAUAUAAACACGUUAAUAAAUGUUACGCUACAUUACAAAUUACAUGUGUAAUAGUCGAUUUGUUGAAAGGAUAUAAGACCACAACUAAAAGCUACUGACACAUGAUCUAAAUCCUGCCUGGAGCACGAGUUGCUAUCUCUAACCACAUAUUGAAGUGAGUUCGGCCAUAACAACACGCUCAGCAAAAUUCUCCUCAAAAUCUCAGUUAUCGAAAAUCUGAGGUUUUAGUUCAAUUCGAAAUAAGUCUCCAGUGAUUCUUGCCUGAAUGCAUAUCAAUUUUUCUCAGAAAAUCUACUUUUUGUACAUAUUUUACUGUAAAACGUAUCCACCAAUGCAUGCCAAAUUAUUUGGAGCUCGGUUGCAACUUCGAUGCAUCAACUAAUAAUUAAAAUUGUUAACAAAAGUUAAGAAUCUUUACUGUACAAAGAUAUUUCUGAUGUAACGCAAUCUGUUCAUGACGCAAAACCCAGUUGUUUCACCAAUUCAUGAUGUAUACAACAAAGUUGUAAAAUUGCUGUCUAGUGAUACAAAGCAGGGACGGAUUAGUAUUUAAAGGAUCCCCUAGUGAGAUGAAUUUUAAUCUCUCUCUUAAACUAAAAUGUUUGAUACGGAUAACGGACAAAAAAAUGAACAUUGUAUAGAAACUGAAUUUACUGAAGAAUUUGACCAUAAACCAUUACUAAUAUCUAUACCUAAAAUAGAACCUAUAUGCCCUAGUGCAACUGAUUUAAUUGAAGAUACAUCGAAUGUGGAGGAAUUUCAAGAGCAAAAGAUAACAUCAAUUCCUUUGAUCACACCACACAAAUUAAAGGAUCCUGUUAUUUUGCUUGAAAGAUGUGAUAAAAUAUGGGAAACAUUAAAAGUAAUAAAAAAUGUACAAGGCACAACUAAGAUUGACACAUCUAAUGCAUCAGAAACAAAAAUUUCAAAACCAUUAUAUAUUGAAUACGAACCAGUAUUAGGUAACAAUAAUGCUGAGUUACCAAAUUUUAAAUUUUCUGUGAAAUCUAAAAAGAAGCUAUUUCAUUGUACUAUAUGUGGAAAGCAGUAUACUGAAAAUCGAAGGUUAAGGCAUCAUUCAGACAGAAUACAUGGCAUUUAUAUUGCACCAAGACGGUAUUACAAGGGUAUUGACAAAGUGAAAGAAAAAGAGCUUAAUAAUACUGAAAAAGAAGAAGAUAAUUCUGAAAAGGUUUCAUUAAAAAAAAGUGAAAAUAAACAACUGCAUAAUACUGUAGCUUCAUUGCAGCAUGUUUCAUCAUCAAAUAACAAUAUUGUUGUCUCAGAUCUGCAUCUAAAAGGAAGCAAAUUUACUAAUAGUCUGGUAUGCAAUAAUAAUGAUAUUAAUAUCAAUGGAACUAUGAAAAAUGAGGAAAGAAAAUUAAUUAAAGAAAUAAAACAAAAUGAAAAAGUAAAUUCUAUACAGCAUUCUGCAACUUCAUCAACGUGUACAUUGUGUAAACAAUUUGUGAAGGAUAUAAGGAAACACUUAGUUGAUUACCAUAAAAUUGAAUCACCUGAUUUUAUGUUAAAAAAUUUAAACGGAACGUGUACUAAUCUUGAAAAUAAUAAAUUAAAAAGAAGACUUUCUAGUGAUGAAAAUAAAACUUCGAGUGAAAUCAUUCAAAAAGAACAUAAUACUCAAAACAAAAGACAAAGAUUAAGCACGCAACACUAUGUACGAUCAGGUACUCGUCAAUGUGAAAUUUGCCUUGGUGUUUAUACAUUAAGUAGCUUUUAUGGACAUGUACGUGUUCAUCGCAUUCGCGGAGAAACAAAAGAAAAUUUCCAUUUAUCUAGAAGCAGACAUAAUUAUUAUAAUUCUCCUUUAUACUCAAAAUCAAAAUUAAUUUCAGUUGAUACGUCCUACGAGAAUACAAAUAAUUAUAAUUGCAGUAGUAAAAAUAAUUCAAAUUUAUUUAAAAAUAAAGGAAGAUCGGAGGAAAUUGUGCAACAUGCGAUCAAGGAUAAGAAGAUAUCAAAUAUAAAAUGUUAUGAAAGAAAAAAUAAAAGUGAUGAUAAAAAUAUUUGUUCUUGUGGAAGAACAUUUCGUAAUCCUCAUACAUUGUUUACGCAUAAAAGAAUAUGUACUUUUUUAGUUGAUGCAAAUCAACCAGUAGUAGAAAACAACAUAAGUAAAAAGAGUGAAGAAAAUAAAAAUUCUGGAAUGGGAAUUAGUAUAACAAUAAAGAAAAGGAAUAAUUCUUAUGAAAUUAUCGAUAAAGAUAAUAAAAAUGAAAAUAAAUUACAGGAUUCAAAAAAUUUUUAUACAUUAUCAAAUACUUCUAAAAAUAAUAACCAAAUAGAGUUACAAGAUGAUUUACAUGAAACUUUAGAACUUUCUAAAUACAGCGAAAAACAUAGUAUAUUGAAAAUUCAAUCUGCAGAUGAAAAUAUUGAUAUUGACAUUGAAGAAGAUUCACAAAUCAAUUCCUAUAAUGAUAAUAUUUCUAGUUCCAUGAACAAAGUGGGAAAUAAUUUAUGCGAACAACAAGAAUUAAAAAUAGAACCAAAUGAUGAACAAGAAUUAAAAAUAGAACCAAAUGAUGAAUUUUACAGAAAUAAUGUUAACUCAAAACUUUUAAAGGAAAAGAAAUUUCUUACCAGAAGUAACUACAAAAAAUCUAAUGGUAUUAAAAGAAAUUUUGCUAGAAAAUAUAAUAUUUGUGUAUGUGGCUCUAAAUUUUAUACCAGAAAAGCUCUUGACAUUCAUACUAGUAAACAUCAUCAUAGUUCAAAGUUGUUGUGUGGAUACUGUAAAAUUAAUUUUCCUGAUAUUGUCACAUGGAAUGAGCAUCAAUGUUCCGUUAAUGAAGGAAAACAGUUUAUUGCUUUACCAAUGCAGAUAAAAUGUUACUGGUGUAAUGAGAUUCUAAGUACAUAUAAAAAGUUUGAUGAACAUGUGACGCGUAGACAUUUUGAUAGUAUAGUACCGUUUCAGUGUUUUCAAUGUGAUAAACGAUUUUCCACUACCACAAAUCGAAAAAUACAUUUUGAUGCCGAACAUGGGUUAACAAUCUGUUCUACUUGUAAUAACCAAUAUUAUGAUAAUAUGAAAUCUAGGCACGAAGCAUAUCACUAUGGACUUGGAUUUCCUUGUCAUCUUUGUAAACGAACUUACUCUAGCAAAGGAAGUUUGUUAAGACAUAGGAGAAAUAUUCAUGGUAAUAAGUACAUAUAUUCGAUUGAUAGAAUUCCUGAUUUAUAUGGGAAAAGUCAGUUAGAAUUUCUGAUUUACAUGAGAAAAAUGAGAUUAUCCAAAGAGUCAUGUAGUUUGAUUUAUGAAUGAAAUUACCUAUAAUGCAAUUUAUAGUUCUCAUUUUUCUAUUUCUUUUUUUUUUUCAUAAUUAAUACAAUAAUAAAUAAUAUUUCUAAUUGUGAAAUAUUAUUUUGUAUAUAUCACAUAUGUAUGUUACUUUAUAUGUGUAUUACAUAGAAAGGAUAUGUUACAUUGUCUAAUGUAUAGAUAAAAUAAUGUAAUUUUACAGGGGAUCCUGACUUCGAAACGGUAGAAAAAGUA